AUGACGGCUCCGCUAGGUGAGGUGAUCUAUGCCUCAGUCAAACCCAUCUUCAAGAUCUAUUUCAUCAUAGCCAUGGGGUUCUGGCUAGCCCGGAAAAACAUCUUGACUGUUUCCACAUGCAGAGACCUUUCCGACGCCGUGGUGACGGCCAUCAUGCCGUGCUUGAUCUUCCACAAUAUCGUGAGCAAUUUGAAGAGUUCCGACAUCAAGUUCAUCGGAAUCGUAUUUUUUGAGGGCACUGUGUUGUUCGCUGCCGGCGGGUUGCUUGCGCUAGCGACUUAUUUCGUGUGCAAAUCGCCCAAACGGUGGUUUGGUGGACUCAUUUCCGUCGGGUUGUUUCCCAACAUCUCGGAUCUUCCUAUCGCAUAUCUACAGACGCUUUCGAAAACGGGCAGUCUUUUUAGUGUUGAGCAGGGUAAUGAGGGUGUAGCAUACGUGUGUAUUUUUCUCGCCUCGCAGGUGUUUUACCAGUUCAGCUUGGGACUCUACCGGCUAAUCCAGUACGACUUCCGGGACCAGUUGGAUGACCCGGAAUCUGCCGUGGCUAGCAACGAAAAAACCUCUAAUGACGCGGUGGAGGCCACCGCCAAGUUGGAGAACCAAGACGACGCUAGUCUGUUGCUGCUGGCGGAAGAUAACAGAUCUUUGGCCUCGUCUGAGCUAGCGCCAAAACAGAUCCGUAGUCCCAGCGAGGGCAACUCCAUUUCUAACGAGGUGGGAAGUGACGCGCUAGAGCGCUUGACUACUACUGGAGCCAACUCCAUCGCUUCGGAAAACAGGUCUAUCGCCUCGGGCAUUCAUACCACCAGUUCAUUGGGCCGUGUAUCGUCCCGACAGGUGGAUUUGCGGAAGCAAAAGUCUCAGGAUAUCAAGGAUGUGAUCAAUGAGUAUUCUGAGUUUGACCGUUUGCGGUCACGAGAAAUUGAGGCGCCGCCAAUGCAACCGUACGAUAACGCUGUGGCGCCAGUCGAUGUUCCUCCACAAGAACUGGAGCCCGAAACAGAAUCGUUUGGCAAAAAGGUGCGGGCCUAUUUAAAGCAAAUGGGAAAGAAUUUCUGCACGCCCAACUCCUUGGCCUUAAUCUCUUCUCUCAUCAUUGCCAUGUCGCCGCCUCUCAAAGCGUUGUUUGUGCAUACUUGGUUCAAAAUGCCCAAUGCGCCCGACCAGCAGCCUCCGCUUUCGUUUGUCAUUGACAUCACCAGUUAUGUUGGAGCUGCGUCUGUUCCGAUCGGUUUGCUUCUAUUGGGAGCCACCAUUGCCCGGUUGAAGGUGAAGAAGGUUGUGCCGGGGUUCUGGAAAACAGUUGUGAUGAUCACUGCUUGCCGUCUCAUAAUCUUGCCGAUUUUCGGUGUUGGAAUGACCACUGGCAUUGCUAAUGCGGGAUGGUUUGACGGAAACACAUUACUUCGAUUCGUCAGUGUGUUGGAGUUCGGACUCCCGAAUGCAACAGCGUUGAUCUAUUUUACGGCCUUCCACACCGAUCCUUUAUCGGAGGAUCACUUGCAGAUGGACUGUUUGGCACUUUGUCUCAUUUGCCAGUACUGUGUGUUGUUCAUCACCUUGCCAUUCUUGGUGACGUUUACCUUGAAGGUAUCGCUUCACAAGUAG